UUAGACAGCUAAAAGAAGUUUCCUCUCUUACUCACUCUCUCUCUCUCUCUCCAAGUGAGGAGAGCAAUUUGCGGAAACCAAAACCCAGACAUGAAUUGGGGGAAACAAAACUUAACAACCACCAAAAGCCACGCGAAUUCAGCAUGAAAUUCAAUUUCAAACCACAUCACUCUCUCUUCUUAAUUAUCAUAAUCUCACUUUUGUCCAUAUUAUCCCUCGCUAAACCCCUCAAUGAAUCUCACAUUACAAGAAGAAUCCUCCACCAACCACUUUUCCCCGCCGCUUCAGCGCCACCACCCGCGCCUGCUCAAUUGCCACCGCCGGUGGACACUCCACCCACUCCGGACACCAGCAUUCCAUUCUUCCAUGAGUAUCCGGCUGGACCACCACCGGAUCAGACGCAAUCAGCGCCAUCAACAUCUUCCAACACCACCAUCGCCAACCCGACGGCCACGCAGCCGACCAAGGGGACAAAGAAGGUGGCAAUUGCCAUCUCCGUCGGAAUUGUGACGCUUGGGAUGCUCUCGGCGCUGGCGUUCUUCGUGUACAAGCACAGGGCCAAGCACCAUGUGGAGACACAGAAGCUCGUCGGUGGAAACUCGCAGAGGAACUUGGAUGAUUCGAGAGCGCCACCGCCAUCGAGCUUUCUCUACAUUGGGACCGUGGAGCCCACGCGCACCAACGCGAGUGAGCCAAUCAGGUCGCCAUAUCACAAACUAAAUUCCGUUAAGCGGUCGGAUCGGUACCGUCCGAGCCCCGAGUUGCAGCCAUUGCCGCCUCUCAGUAAGCCUCCCGACGGGAAUUUCCCGCCGGCGGUGUCACCGUCUUCGUCGUCCGACGAGGAGAGCCACGACACGGUGUUUCACUCGCCGCAGAACUCGUCGGUUAGAGAUGACGACGGGUACUACACGCCAGUUUCGCGACAGAGUUAUCUGUCCAACGGUAACCCCGCGGCCGUGGCGCCAGCGGUGAGGAAGGAAGCCAAUUCUUCGACGCCGACUCCGGUUCCGUUCUCGAAGAGGACUUCACCAAAGUCGCGAUUGUCUGGUCCGUCGCCGGAUGUAAGACAAGUCAUCAUACCGCCUAUGAAGAAGGCUCCGCCGCCACCGGUAAAGGAUGAGGAAGAGCAUGUGGCUUUGGGACAUUCUAGAAAGCCAAAGUUCUCAGCUCCUCCCCCAGCACCGAAUUUAACGCAUCUUCAGUCAACACUCACAAACACACCCCCGCACGUGAUUGGGAACCCACUUAAUCAUCGGCCACCACCACCACCACCACCACCUCCUCCUCCACCACCGCGAAAAACAGGGUCUCCGGGAGUAAGUGUUUCCUCAUCUUCUGUAUCGAGAAAGCAACAGUCUCGUUCUCUAACUGAAGGGAAUCCCGAGGCUUCUAAUUCUGGUGUUAGGGUGAGUAAAAGUUCAGAGCAAAAUGGAAAUGGAAACGGAGACGGUGAAAAAAGUGUGAGCUCUUCCGAGAGGCAUGAAGCCAAUGAAACGGAUGGAGUAAAACCCAAGUUAAAAGCUUUGCAUUGGGAUAAGGUCCGUGCUUCCUCAGAUCGUGUUACUGUGUGGGACCAGUUAAAAUCCAGUUCCUUCCAAUUGAAUGAGGACAUGAUGGAGUCUUUAUUUGGCUGUAAUGCCACUAACUCUGCCCCUAAAGAACCUCCUAAGAAAACGGUUCUGCCUUCCAUUGAUCAUGAGAACAGGGUGCUUGACCCCAAGAAGUCUCAGAACAUAGCUAUACUACUCAGGGCACUAAAUGUCACCAGGGAUGAGGUCUCCGAAGCUCUUUUAGAUGGGAAUCCUGAAGCUUUGGGUGCUGAGCUAUUGGAAACACUAGUAAAGAUGGCUCCUACUAAAGAGGAAGAGAUAAAACUCAAAAACUACAAUGGUGACCUCUCAAAACUUGGGUCAGCGGAAAGGUUUCUUAAAGCUGUGCUUGAUAUCCCUUUUGCCUUUAAGAGGGUUGAAGCUAUGCUAUAUAGGGCUAACUUUGAUUCAGAAGUCAACUAUCUCAGGAAGUCUUUUCAAACCCUGGAGGCAGCAAGUGAGGAAUUAAGGAACAGCCGGUUAUUCCUCAAACUCCUUGAAGCUGUUCUCAGAACAGGAAACAGAAUGAAUGUCGGCACCAAUAGAGGCGAUGCCAAAGCUUUCAAACUUGACACACUCUUAAAACUUGUAGAUAUAAAGGGAACAGAUGGAAAGACCACAUUGCUUCACUUUGUGGUCCAGGAGAUUAUUAGAUCUGAAGAUGGAGGCGGGGAAUCCACGAAUGGUAGUGUUCAGAAUCAAAUGGAUUCCAAAUUCAAUGAGGACGAGUUUAAGAAGCAAGGAUUACAAGUUGUGGCUGGGCUGAGUAGAGACCUUAGUAAUGUUAAGAAAGCAGCAGGAAUGGAUUCAGAUGUCUUAAGCAGCUAUGUUUCGAAGCUCGAAACAGGGCUUGAUAAAGUGCGACUGGUAUUGAAAUAUGAGAAGCCAGAUACGCAGGGGAAUUUCUUCAACUCCACAAAGCAAUUUCUGAAAUAUGCUGAAGAAGAAAUCACGAGGAUUAAGGCUGAUGAGAAGAAGGCCUUGUUCCUUGUGAAAGAAGUAACAGAAUACUUCCAUGGGGAUACAGCAAAAGAAGAAGCCCACCCUUUCAGAAUCUUUAUGAUUGUAAGAGACUUCCUAAAUAUUCUGGAUUUGGUCUGCAAGGAAGUGGGAAGGAUGCAUGAUAGAAUUGUCGGCUCCGCAAGAUCAUUCCGCAUAGCCGCAAGUGCACCAUUACCUGUUCUCAACAGGUACAGUGCAAAGCAGGAUACAAGCUCGGACGAGGAAAGCUCAUCCCUCUAGUAUUGUGAAUACAAAAAGAAACAGGGAACAUAAAUGAAUGUUUUUGGGAAUAUUUUAGUUUAAAACCAUUUUUACAAUGGCAAAAGGAUUUUACUAGUAAAUCAAGAAGUAUAACCAUAUCUUAGAUUCGAACAUCAAAAUCCUUAGCAACACAGUUGGGAUAACGAUGGGUUGGCAGAGUUUCAAUGCCACCUGAAAGCUUAGAUGAAAAAUUUCAAAUGGGAGGUGCAAAGGGAAAGGGGGAUGCAUUGUUUUGUUUCUUUCAACUAUGCAGCAGUAUGCUAUAGUCGAAAUAGGUUACGUUAGAUUAAUGAGUUCCACACUUGCUCAUAUUGUAGAAUGUUUUCAUUUCACCCAAGAGGCCUCUUAUAUGUAUUUUUUGAAUCAAUUAUUAAUAAUAAUGAAUAUCAGUUUAUUUAUCCUCGGCAAUUCCUAUAUCUGU